AUGGCCACCGCUACGCUUACCUCCGCCAACGCCGAUAAACUCUCCAACCUUCAAUCCGCCACCGCUGCAUUGUCCCAAAUCAGCGAAAACGAGAAGAUCGGAUUCAUCAACCUCGUCGCUCGUUAUCUCAGUGGAGAAGCACAGCAUGUGGAAUGGAGUAAGAUCCAAACACCUACUGAUGAAGUAGUUGUGCCUUAUGACAGUUUGGCACCAACUCCUGAGGGUUCUUCAGACGUGAAGAACCUCUUGGACAAGCUUGUGGUUUUGAAGCUUAAUGGAGGAUUGGGGACAACUAUGGGCUGCACUGGUCCAAAAUCUGUCAUUGAAGUUCGUGAUGGGUUGACAUUUCUUGAUUUAAUUGUCAUCCAAAUUGAGAAUCUCAAUUCCAAAUAUGGAAGCACUGUUCCAUUGCUUUUGAUGAACUCAUUCAACACUCAUGAUGACACUCAAAAGAUUGUUGAAAAAUAUACAAACUCGAAUGUUGAGAUUCAUACCUUUAACCAGAGCCAAUAUCCUCGAUUAGUUGUUGAUGACUUCUUGCCACUUCCAUCCAAAGGGCAGACUGGAAAAGACGGCUGGUACCCUCCUGGCCAUGGAGAUGUCUUCCCAUCACUAAUGAACAGUGGAAAACUUGAUGCACUAUUAUCACAGGGUAAGGAGUAUGUGUUCGUUGCUAAUUCAGAUAACUUGGGUGCCCUAGUUGAUUUGAAAAUCUUAAGUCAUUUGAUUCAGAACAAGAAUGAAUACUGUAUGGAGGUGACUCCCAAGACAUUGGCUGAUGUGAAGGGCGGCACUCUUAUUUCUUAUGAAGGAAGGGUUCAGCUCCUGGAAAUUGCCCAAGUCCCAGAUGAACAUGUCAGUGAAUUUAAGUCGAUAGAGAAGUUCAAAAUUUUCAAUACAAAUAACUUAUGGGUGAACUUAAAAGCAAUUAAAAGGCUUGUUGAAGCUGAUGCUCUGAAGAUGGAGAUUAUUCCCAAUCCUAAGGAAGUUGAUGGAGUAAAAGUUCUUCAGCUGGAAACAGCAGCUGGUGCAGCUAUUAAGUUCUUUGAUAAGGCUAUUGGAAUUAAUGUUCCUCGAUCCCGCUUCCUUCCAGUGAAGGCAACUUCAGAUUUGCUUCUUGUUCAGUCAGACCUUUACACUUUACAAGAUGGAUUUGUUGUUAGGAACCAAGCUAGGGCAAAUCCUGAAAACCCUUCUAUUGAAUUAGGGCCGGAAUAUAAGAAGGUUAGCAGCUUCUUAGAAAGGUUCAAGUCAAUCCCCAGCAUUGUUGAGCUCGACAGUCUAAAAGUAGCAGGCGAUGUAUGGUUUGGAGCUGGUGUUACCCUUAAGGGAAAGGUUAGUAUCAUUGCAAAACCUGGCAUAAAGCUAGAAAUACCUGACGGGACUGUGCUUGCAAACAAGGAAAUUAAUGGCCCUGAGGAUCUGUGA